GCUGCGACGCUAUCCAAGUGGCCAGGCAGUGCAGCAGGGGGCACGAGAUUAGACGCCGAACUGCCGUGAGUGUGGGUGUGUGUGCCUGCGGCUGUGGAAGCAAAAGUACUCUUUCCGCUUCGAUGGCCGCGACAAGCACGCAUGCGUUGGUCGAUCGUUCCAACUCAAGUGGACCUCGGACCCCACGGUGAUGCCCUACGUCCACAAGAUGUCUCACGACGGCAACGAGAUGGCAGGCAUGGAUGCUGCGCCCAACGACCAACAACCUCGUGAUCGGCCCCAGUGGAACAAGGGUUUCCAGUUCCUCCUGUCCUGCCUGUCCAUCUCCAUCGGACUAGGAAAUGUGUGGCGAUUCCCCACGCUAGCCUACCAGAAUGGAGGAGGGGCGUUUCUCAUACCGUACAUCAUUCUUCUGAUCAUUGUUGGCAAGCCGGUGUACUUUCUGGAGCUCGCCAUUGGUCAGUUUUCCGGAAGAGGCGGGGUCCAAACGUGGGAGUGCGUGCCAGGUUUUAAAGGCAUAAGCGUCGCUCAGUUUGUGACCAGCUUCUAUAUCCUGGUCGCCUACAAUUACAUCAUGGCCCUCUGUCUGUUCUACCUGUUCGCGUCCAUGCAAAGCCCUCUUCCUUGGACCCAGUGCGACCCCCAGUGGAGCGACGGCAACUGCUUCGACAGCAACUUGUUGAACACCACUGCCGACGUCACCGAGAACGCUUCCUCCUCGUCAGAACAGUUCUUCAGGAAUUACGCGUUAAAAGACUCCGGAGAAUUCAAGCUUCCCUCGGCCUUCGACUGGAGAAUGGCACUGUGUCUGUUGCUCUCGUGGGUUGUCCAAGCAGUGUCCACUAUCAAGGGUGUUCACUCAAUUGGCAAGGUGGCGUACCUGACAUCAACGUUCCCGUACGUGGUGCUCUUCUCGCUUCUCGUUGUCACGCUGCUCCAGGAAGGAGCUGGAAAAGGCCUGACCGCCUUUUUUUUCCCCCAGUGGAGCAAGAUACUCGAAAUACAGGUAUGGUUCAACGCGUGCGAGCAGUCCUUCUUUUCUCUUGGCAUCGGCAUGGGAGUAUUGACGAUGUACUCCAGUUACAGUGACUUCAAGCAUAGAAUUUCAAGGGACGCCUUCAUCAUUACAAUCGCCGAUACAGCUACAAGCUUCUUAGCUGGAUCGGUCGUUUUCUCCACACUUGGCUCACUAGCGCAUCAACUCGGAGUGCAAGAUAUCUCCCAGGCCUUGAAAGGAACUUCGGAUUUGGGAUUGGCCUUCGUCACUUACCCGGAAGCCCUGAGCCGAAUAUCAUUCCUGCCUCAAUUGUGGUCGGUGUUAUUCUUCUUCAUGCUGUUUCUUCUCGGACUUGGAAGCUGCAUUUCAAACAUUCAGCUCAUGGUGGCUGUUCUUGAAGACCAAUACCCCCGUUUGCAGGACCUCAAGGGCUGCACAGUUCUUGCCAUAUGCGUCGUGUGCUUUGGUACGGGUCUAGUCCUGUGCACUGAUACGGGAAACACGAUGCGGCUUCUUUUCGACAAUUACGGCGUUGGAAGAGCUCUGUUCCUGUACGCCAUCUUCGAAGUGGUUGGCCUGGUUUGGGUCUACGGUUGGAAGAACAUCUGCGGCGACAUCGGCUACAUGCUUGGCAAACCAAUAUCUUGGUACUGGAAGAUAACGUGGGGCAUCCUCACGCCGGUCUCAUUAAUUGCCAUCUUCAUAUAUGGAUCAGUGACAGAGAAGUCUUCUUCCGCACUGCCUCCGAUUGGUCAGGCCAUAGGCUGGAUCCUGGCCGCCGUGGCGGUCGGCCAGAUCGUGCUGUGGAUGGCCGUGGUUUUCGUGAGAGCGCCAGGGCCGGACGUGUUCAAGAAAUUCGAGACCACGUUCACAGCGUCCGAAAAGUUUGGACCCAGGGAUCCUGACGUGAAAAGAGAGUGGUUGUCGUGGAAGGCGAGCACGCAAGAUUCCUCGCUGGAUCCCACGUCUAAAAGUGCUAGUGAACACGUCAACCCUGCAUUUACACUCGACUAAGGCGCACUGAUUGUAAAGCAUCGGUCCACUGUCGACGCUGCGAUAGCACCUACAGCUGAACUGACGGUGUAGGUGGUGCAUAAAGAAACAAAGUGUGCGCGGGAUCGUCGCCGUACAACUGCGGUUCGCGCACAAGGCAGCUGUCACAUGGCACCCGCCUUGUCACAGGGAUAGGUUCGACUUUGUAUACUUUUGCAAGAUUACGGUUUCAACGACGGAAAUGUCCUCCAAGGGAUACCAUCGCCGACGAGACCGCCCCCUACGUACAUAGUCGAACUACUCUUUUACCUGAGAAUGGGGGAGGGAGGAGUAGUUUAUUAUAAUUGUUAGUAUGUUUUAUUUAAUUCCAUGAAAGCGAAUCAUUACUCACCAUAAUCUUUGUUUUGUUUAGCUGGUCAAUAUAGGGCAUCGAAAAGAAAAGCAACGAUGGAAAUAGCAUUUAAAACGUGUCGCGCGCAUAUUGAACUGAUUCUGAUUGCUAUUACCUGCUGAAACUCUAAAUACAUGUGAAUAGUUUUAGUAAAACCAGUUGCAAGACAGGAAA